AUGACUGCUGCAUCAGACACCGACGUGGAGACAGCUGUUCAACAACUCGUUGACAAUCGAUGGAUACCUCUUGGUUUCUUUUCGACGCGUUUGCAACCUGCCGAAUCGCGUUACAGCACCUUCGAUAGGGAAAUACUAGCAAUCUACUUAGUUAUCCGACACUUCCGUCACUAUCUCGGUCGACAUUUUGCAGUUUUCACGGACUACAAACCGUUGAUCUACGCAAUCAAUGGUGCAACAGACAAGUACUCUCCGCGAGAAACUAGACAUCUAAACUACGUCUCUCAGUUCAAAACAGACGUACGACAUAUCUCAGAUGAUAUUAAUCCCGUCGCGGACGCUCUGUCACGCAUCAAUCAGAUCAGCUUGGCACUUGGAGCCAGCAUCGACCUAGACGCCAUGGCUGCUGCUCAGCAAGUUGGUCCCGAUAUAGGCAAGCCUCGGCGUAAUACUUCUGACUCUCCUGUGCAACGAUUACCUCCUCAACCUGGACCAUCACGGCCAACACCGCAAUCUCAGACCAGUCACUCCGCUUCAGCGGAACCUACGGCCACAACCGACCUCACCCAUACUAUCAAACGACGUGGUAGGGGAAUCAAACCUCGUGAAUUUCUCAGACUCUGUUAG